AUGAAAAGUGUGCUCGCGGUGGUCUGGCUGCUGUGCGGGUGCUACACCGCCUCGUGCGUGCAGGUCAAAGACGGGGACAGGAGCUUCCCCUUGGAGGCGGUCAAGCAGCUGAAGGCGCUGCUGGACGAUGCCGGGCCCCGCGUCGGACCUCAGCCGGCCCGCAGCGGCGCGGUGAGUGCCGUGUGCGCCGACCCCGCCCUGCCGCGGGUCUUCUAUCCGGUGUGCCGAGGACGAGGCCCCGCCGGAGUCUUCUCCAGACUUGUGAACGUCCUCAUGGCUUCGGACCCGUGUGAGAUAUGCGCCAACCCUUCCUGCUUUGGCUGCCUGCGGUGA